AUGGAGGCCAAGGUCCGGCCGAGCCGGCGCUCGCGUGCACAGCGCGACCGUGGCCGGCGUCGGGAGGCAGCCCGCGACGUCGUGGCGCAGAGCCCGUCGUCGGGAGAGGAGCCGGAGCUCAGCCCCGGCAAGGAGAACGCGGGCCUUAUCGGCGCGCCGCCCCCGCGCCCUGCGCCCCGAGCCGCGCGCCCCCCGCGCCGCCGCCGCCGCGAGUCCAGUUCACAGGAGGAGGAGGUCAUCGACGGCUUCGCCAUCGCCAGCUUCACCACGCUGGAGGCCCUGGAGAAGGACAUGGCCCUGAAGCCACAUGAGCGGAAGGAAAAAUGGGAACGGCGCCUCAUCAAAAAACCCCGGGAGUCAGAAAACUGCCCAUCUGCUGAACCAAGUGAAAACAGGCAGCCCCUGGAGGUGGGCAGUCCUGCACAAGACACAGAGUCCACUUGUGAUGAAGGGACCAGGAAGGUCCCAUUGCAGCCCUCCAAACAGAUGAAGGUUUCCAUGGCCAGAGGGGGUGACCAGAACAGUGAUAAUGACAGUGUCCGCGAAGCCACCAGCUCCUUGAGGAGCAGCUCCAGGGACCAGCUGAGUGACAGCUCCGCGCAGGCAGUUUCCGGGAGAGGCUAUUCCUGUGACAGCGAGAGCGGCGUGGACGACAAGUCGCACCACGCCAAGAUUGGAGGCGAUCCACGCGCCCUAGUCACGUCCGUGUUGAUAGAUAAAGCACAGAAAGUUAUUAAGGCAUCAGUGGGUUCUGAGAAGCUCUUUGCCCCUGCACCUGAUAAAGGUCCUGGGAGGGGUGAGAAGUCGGAGGCCAAGGUGGGGACAGUGCCCAAGGUGUCAGGCCUGGAGCGCAGCCAAGAGCUCAGCACUGAGUCCUUCCUGCCAGCUGUAGCUGUCGCACCUUCAGGCCCCCCGCCAGGAGCCCAGGGCAACCCUCUGGUGAAGAGGGAAGCUCCCUCCGCACCCCACCACGCCCCACAUCCACAGCCAGUCCCGCAGCCCCGAGACCCACUCCCAGCACACGUGCCUCUGUCCCUGGGCGCCUUUGCGGGCCCUGGCCACGGCCAGGUGGCGCCCAACGGCCUGCACCUGCACAGCCUCAGCAGGAGCAGCAAUACAGGCGGCGCCCCCCUGGGCCUGGCAAAGCACGUGUCACUAUCGCCACACGGGCCUGGCCCCCACCUGUCUACCUCACACCUGGCGUUCCGGUCCCAGGCGCAGCACCAGCACCACGCUGCAGCCAUGUUCGCUGCCCCCCAAACACUGCCCCCGCCCCCGACGCUGCCGGCCAGCAGUCUGGUUAUCCCAGGACAUCCAACUGAUGCCAGCCUGUUGAUCUCAUUCAACCAGCCAAUCAUGUAUUGCCAGCCUCAUUCGGGGAUUCUGAUUGAUCACGAACUGCUCAGGCAAGAGCUGAACACGCGGUUUCUGGUGCAGAGUGCGGAGCGGCCUGGUGCCUCCCUGGGCCCGGGGUCUCUGUUGCGGGCCGAGUUCCACCAGCACACGCAUCAGCACACACACCAGCACACACACCAGCACACACACCAGCACCAACACACAUUCGCCCCCUUUGCAGGGCUGCCCCCGACGCCGCUCAUGCCGCCUUCCGCACCCCCGCCGUUUGACAAGUUCUCACCCAAGCUGGACAACUCCUACUUCCGACAUUCCAAUCUCUUCCCACCCUUCCCUCCCACUGGCCCCAGGCUGCCUGGCCUACUUGCACACCCUGGAUCCUUUGGGUCCCUGCAGGGUGCUUUUCAGCCCAAGACUUCAAACUCAAUGGAGGUAACAGGCCGGGCCAGUGCAGUUCACACCCUUCUACAGAAAGCCCCCGGGGUGUCUGACCCAUACCGGACCACAGUCAGGAAACCAGGGAAGUGGUGUGCGGUGCAUGUGCAGAUCGCCUGGCAGAUCUACUACCAGCAGCAGAAGAUGAAGAUGCAGCUGGACCCUCACAAGCUGGAGAUGAGCACAAAGCUGGACCUGUUUAGCCGGCCCCUGGCCCCAGGUGUGUUCUCGGGGUUCCACUACCCACAGGACCUGGCCCGGCCUCUCUUCUCCAGUACAGGUGCUGCUCAUCCAGGCCCUAACCCGUUUGGACCCUCAGCCCAUCAUGGCAGCUUCCUACCCACUGGCCACCUGACAGACCCCUUCAGCAGAUCCAGCACCUUCGGGGGUCUGGGGAACCUGGGCAGCCACGCCUUUGGAGGUCUGGGCAGCCAUGCAGUGACUCCAGCAGGCAGCAUCUUUGCUCCCAAAGAGAGCACCACGCUACACAGCCUACCCAGCCCCCAUGAGGCUUGGAACCGCCUGCACAGAGUGCCACCCUCCUUCCCCACCCCACCCCCAUGGCCCAAGCCUUUGGAUACAGAGCAUAUCUCGGCUCUGACCAACCAUGACCGAGAACUGGACAAGAGCCAGGAAGAGCAUGAGCGGAACCUGGAGAAGACACGCCUACUGAGCCAUGCCUCACCCGUGGCACCAGCACCACUGGGGCACCCCAUCAGCAACCUCCUGCUGCGCAGCCAGAGCGAGCUGGGCUGCCCCGGGGCUCCCGCGGAGCGUGAGGCUGAGCCUCAGGUCAAGGAGAGCCACUCGCCAGCCAAGGAGGACAGCACCAAACUGGCACGACCACCGUCGCCAUACAGCAAGGCGGCUCUGGGUGACUGCCUGCGCUUGGCCGGCGUGCUGGGCCGCCAGCCCAGGAAGCCGCAGACGCAGACCGAGCGGCCCCAAGGCGACGUGAAGGUAAAGGAGGAGCGCAAGGACGAGGAGGCCCCCGAGGCUCAUCUGUCACCGGCACAGCUGGGCCUGGGCCACGAGCGCCUGAGUGCGCCGGGCUUCGCCUGGGAGCCGCCGCGCGACUUUUACCACGGCCUGGAGCUGCCGCGCCGCGCUUUCCCGGCCUUGUCGCCCGCCGCUGGCCCCGCGCCUUUUGAGUCCUUCGAGCACACCUACCGGGACCGCGAGCCCCACGACUAUAGUCCCGAGCGCCUGCGGGAGGCGCGCCGAGAGGAGCUGGAGCGCGCCCGGGCGCCCGACGCCUCGCUGCUACCUGUGCUGCACUACCCGCGCUUGGCGCCCGGCCCGCUGCAGGGCGCGCUCCUGACGCGGACCUCGCCGGCCACCCUCGGCGCCGCCGCGCCCCCGCUGCUGGCCGCAGGGGGCGUCCCCGCACCCACUGCGCCUGCGCGCCCCAGGACGACGGCGCGGGCGCUCGGGCCCGGCGAGGCGCACGACUACUCCCCUGCGCGAAACCCGCCCGAGGUGGAGGCGCGGUAGUCCCCGGGCGGGGCGGACUCGCUCUGUGAAUUUCUGGCCCUGAGCGCGGUUCCCGUGGUGCGCUGCGGUCGGUCGGGGACUUGACGCUUCUCUGGGUACAGACGAUCUUUUGUUUUCUGAGCUUGCUGUUAGGCAGCUGAGAAAAAUUCAACUUCUUGCCCCCAAACAGGUGAGAAGCGUUUUUAAUGGUUUUGUAUUUUUCUUAAUUUUGUGCUCCUCCGAGGUUUUAAAGAACCAAAACAAAACAUAAUUUUUAGUUGGAAUUUGCAGUUUCAUGGUCUCAGAUCCCUUUUGAGCUCCAGGGUUUGUCAUAUUUAUGGAAAGAAGCAGUCUUUCUGUCCAGUGCACUGUGAGGCUCGCACUCAGGCCCGGCCCUGGCCUUCCCUUGGUACUUGGAACCGAAGUUACAGAUAUAUAUUAAAAUAAUGUAUAAAACUUUGUUUUUUUUCUGCCUUAUUAUGCAGAAGUGUAAGGAUUUCUUUGGUUUGUUUUUUUAGAGAGAACAUGUAAAUAUUCUGUUAAUACAAAUAUAAGAUAUUAAAUUCUUAACCUGGACAGUGUAUAAAAGUUCUAGAAACUCCUAGUUAUUUGUAUAAUGUGGUCACACACAUCUACUCGCUGUCAGUUGUAAACAAGAAGUUUAACUGCAGCAACUAUUUUUGACUAUGCAAGCAAGCCUCAGAGGCUGCACCAGCUGCGGGCAGCAGGGGCGGGAGCAAGAGUCUCAGAGCUGUAGUUGUUCAGUCAGGGUGGGUGUUGUUCAGAGAGAGCCACACUCCUGGACAUCGUCUUAGGCUCACAGUGGACUUCAGGACUCUAGCCACAAGGCCAAACCUCUACCUGAGAGCUAAUCUUACUGCAGUGUUCUUGGAAUCUAAGAAUUUCAGAAUAGUUUAAAGGUUGGUCAAAAGGAAAAACAAAAAAAAAAAAAAAAAAAAAAACACCUUUUUUU